UGGCACCAAAAUAAGAUGAAACGACGUCGUUUCAUGCUGAAAGCCUCCUCCCUCAACGUUACACUAACCUAUGAUCUCCCUCCUCCUCUCAGAGUCGUCAAUGAGAAGGUCGUCGGCAUCGAUUUGGGAACCACCAACUCCGCCGUGGCUGCCAUGGAAGGAGGCAAGCCCACCAUCAUCACUAACGCCGAAGGUCAGAGGACUACCCCUUCCGUCGUUGCCUACACCAAGUACGGUGACAGGCUGGUUGGCCAGAUUGCGAAGCGGCAGGCGGUGGUGAACCCGGAGAACACCUUCUUCUCCGUUAAGAGGUUUAUCGGAAGGAAGAUGUCGGAGGUAGACGAGGAGUCCAAGCAGGUCUCCUACAAAGUCAUUAGGGAUGAGAACGGCAAUGUCAAACUCGAAUGUCCCGUCAUCCGCAAGCAGUUCGCCGCCGAAGAGAUUUCCGCUCAGGUUUUAAGGAAGCUUGUGGAUGAUGCUUCAAAGUUUUUGAAUGACAAAGUAACAAAGACUGUGGUCACUGUGCCUGCUUACUUCAACGAUUCUCAAAGGACUGCUACAAAGGAUGCUGGUCGGAUUGCUGGUUUGGAAGUUCUUCGUAUCAUAAAUGAACCAACUGCUGCCUCCCUUGCCUAUGGAUUUGAAAAGAAGAAUAAUGAAACAAUCCUUGUGUUUGACCUUGGCGGUGGUACUUUUGAUGUCUCGGUGCUUGAGGUUGGUGAUGGAGUGUUUGAAGUGUUGUCUACUUCUGGAGAUACACACUUGGGUGGUGAUGGCUUUGAUAAGAGAAUUGUCGAUUGGCUGGCUGAAAACUUCAAGAGGGAUGAAGGUAUUGAUCUUUUGAAAGAUAAACAAGCUCUUCAGCACCUUACCGAGACAGCUGAAAAAGCAAAAAUGGAGCUCUUGUCAUUGACCCAAACAAACAUUAGUUUGUCGUUCAUAACCGCGACAGCAGAUGGCCCCAAGCUUAUUGAGACCACCCUUACAAGGGCUAAAUUUGAAGAAUUAUGUUCAGAUCUUCUUGAUAGGCUAUCUUGUAUAAUGAUGCUCGCGCUUGCCAUAACCGUCGGACUUUAAGGAUGGAGAAGACAAGAACACAGAACCGAAGAGAAGAGAACAGAGUGAGCACUGUGGCCUUCAAAUUUGGGGAUUAGGAUUUUAACUUCAAUUGAGGGACCAAAUUGAUUCGAAAGAGUUUACUCUGCCACAUCAGCUAGCCGUUGUAACGCCCACGUGUCACGAAGGCUGCCAGCUCUGCUUUCCGGUUGCGCCAGGUGGUUAGAAAUUGCCGGAAGGACAAGUUUGAGUCCCGGAGUGCAAGUUCGGGGAUGAAUUUGAAAAACUUUUAAGUUGACUACUACGAAGCUCGAGUGCAAUUUCAGGGACUACAUUGAGGCUUAUCUCGUGUCCUGAUUGAAAUAUGUGUUUAAUGCAAUUAGAUUUACACUAUCCAAAAUAAACAAAAUUACGUAUAUCAAUAUAUAUUUUAUGCGUUA